AUGGUAGCGGAAUUAGACAAUAGACUACCCCAGGAGGGUACCAGUACCCCUGGAGAAUCCCUCGCUGAGCAUCCACGACCAUGUUAUUCCAAUCCUGAGCGUGGGUGCUCAGGCUGCCCCGCGUAUUCUGGGGGGGGCAAAAUUCCGCUCAAAAACAAAACUGCUCGGGGCAAGCUGAGCAACAAUACCAAGGCGACCCCUGCCACGCUAUCCGUGAAUUUCUGCAACAUCAGGGGACUUCACUCUAACCUAAACGCCGUCCACUACCAUCUCGAGACGGCGAAGCCGGCCUUGCUCUUUUUAACCGAGACGCAGGUUUCCUCUCCGACUGAUAUUUCGUAUCUCUCCUACCCGGGGUACAAAUUGGAGCACUCCUUUGUGCCUCGGGCUGGAGUUUGCGUGUAUGUUAGAGAGGACAUCUGUUCUCGACGCCUCGGCAGUCUUGAAGGUUCGGACCUGUCCAUCCUUUGGCUACGCGUAGACAGCGACGACCAUCCGCGCGUCUACGGGUGCCUCUAUAGGUCCCAUAGCGGUAAUGCCGAAACAGACCGACUCAUCGACCACGUCCAAAUGGCUACAGAUUCCUUGCUACAACAGGUCCCAUCCGCAGAGAUCGUGAUCCUUGGCGAUUUUAACGCCCACCAUGCCGAAUGGCUCGGUUCACGUUUAACCGAUCAUGCGGGGAGAUCUGUUUAUGACUUUGCCUUGGCAUAUGGUCUGACACAACUGGUUACUUCGCCUACGCGGAUUCCAGAUGUGGAGGAUCAUACACCUUCCCUGUUGGACCUUCUGCUGACCUCUCAUCCGGACGGAUAUCAGGUUUCCGUCGAUGCCCCUCUCGGCUCUUCGGAUCAUUGUCUGAUCCGGAGUAUGGUGCCACUCACGCUCCCUUCGCGGUUGCGUUCUGCAGGUUGCCGCCGUGUUUGGCAUUACAGGUCGGCGGAUUGGGACGGAAUGCGGUCUUUCUUUGCAUCCUACCCAUGGGGGCGGGUUUGCUUCUCGCCGGAUGAUCCCAGUGCUGUUGCUGACUCUGUCACUGAUGUGGUGCUACAGGGAAUGGAACUAUUUAUUCCAUCAUCUGUGGUACCCAUCGGAGGCAGAUCUCAGCCUUGGUUUGGUCGCUCCUGUAAGACUGCAUUGCGCAGUAAGCAGGAGUGUUAUCAAGCCUGGGCUGCGGCUUCGGUGACUCGGGAUGUAAACACCAGCACACUUAAAAAGAAGUAUAACUUCGCCUCCAGGUCCUUCAAAAGAGUUAUUGCCAAGGCAAAGUCAGAGCACAUAGGCAGAAUUGGCGAGAAACUAGUUCGCCUUCCUUCGGGAACCCGUGCAUUCUGGUCUCUCGCCAAGGCUGUCCAAGGGAAUUUCUGUAAGCCAUCACUACCAUCUCUGCACAGGGAGGACGACUCACUGGCCCAAGACGCAAAAGACAAAGCCGACCUUUUAGGCUCCCUUUUUGCGUCCAACUCGACUCUUGAUGACGGGGGGAAAAUACCGCCGACCAUCCCGCGGUGUGAGUGCUCCAUGCCGGAUGUGCUAUUCUCACAGCGCUCAGUUCGCAAAGCACUUCUCUCCCUGGACAUCCAGAAGUCGAGUGGGCCUGACGGAAUCCCCCCAAUUGUGCUGAGGACGUGUGCUCCGGAGUUGGCACCGGUCCUAACGCGUCUUUUCCGGUACUCCUACUCCCAAGGCGUAGUCCCGAAUUCAUGGAAGACAGCUUUUGUCCACCCGAUCCCUAAAAAAGGCGACCGCUCAGACCCGUCCAACUAUAGGCCUAUCGCGAUCACCUCCUUGUUCUCCAAAAUAAUGGAAUCCAUUAUUAACUGCCAGCUCAUCCGGUACCUUGAGGAUCACCAGCUGAUUAGUGAUCGCCAAUACGGUUUUCGUCGGUGUCGAUCAGCUGGUGAUCUUCUGGUCUACCUGACCCAUAGAUGGGCGAAGGCAGUAGAGUCCAAGGGGGAGGCGUUGGCCGUUAGUCUGGACAUUGCGAAGGCCUUUGAUCGGGUUUGGCACAAAGCGCUUCUUUCGAAGCUGCCUUCCUAUGGGCUUCCCGAGAAAUUGUGCAAUUGGAUCACCAGCUUUCUUGCAGAUCGGAGCAUCAAGGUCGUUGUAGACGGUGCAUGUUCUGACUACAAGCCUAUUAACGCUGGUGUUCCACAAGGCUGUGUGCUAUCACCAACGCUGUUUCUUCUGCAUAUCAAUGAUAUGUUGCUAACUGGUAACAUUCAUUGCUAUGCGGAUGACAGCACUGGUGAUGCUCUAUACACCGGCCGGGCCAAUAUUUCUCGGGAAAACGUCGCCGAAUACCGGAACAAACUUGUGUCUGAAGUCGAGUCUUUGCUGGACAAAGUCUCGGAUUGGGGGCGACUAAAUCUAGUCCAGUUUAAUCCUCAGAAGACACAAGUUUGCGCGUUUACCGCUAAAAAGAACCCCUUUGUCGUAUCUCCUCAGUUUCAAGGCACUCCCCUUCUUGCCUCAGCCAGUAUCGGUAUCCUCGGAGUCGACAUAUCGAGUGACGUGCAGUUUCGUGGUCACUUGGAAGAGAAAGCCAAAUUGGCCUCUAAAAAGCUUCGCGUGCUCAGCAGAGCGGGACAGUAUUUCAUGCCGGCACACCGCCUGCAACUUUACAAGGCGCAGGUUCGGCCUCACAUGGAAUACUGUUCCCAUCUCUGGGCAGGGGCUCCCCAGUGCCAGCUCCUUCCACUUGACCGCAUCCAGCGCAGAGCGGCUCGAAUCGUCGACGACCGAGCCCUUUCCGAUCGGCUCGAUUCAUUGGCACUGCGAAGAGAUGUUGCAUCUCUUUGCAUUUUCUUUCGCAUCUACCAUGGGGAGUGCUCUGAGGAAUUGUUCGGAUUAAUCCCAGCCGCCAAAUUUCACGAACGCACAUCGCGGCAGAACUCCCGAUACCAUCCACACCAUCUGGAUGAUUGGCGGUCCACCACUGUGCGAUUUAGAAGAUGUUUUCUUCCUCGCACAACUUCCUUGUGGAAUAGUUUACCACCAGGGAUUUUUCCGGACCGAUACGACUUAGGGACCUUCAAGAAAAGAGCCUACUCCUUUUUAAAAGGCCGGCAACGCAUCUGCAAUUCCCCUGGUGUUGCGGUUGUUCAUGGGCGGCGGUAG